AUGGAGCUUCUGGUGCGGGUUCAGUGGUGGAACGGCUCUCGGCCCGUGGGCUGCGGCUCUGCUCUGGCUCAGGAGUACUGGCCGCUGUGUGACACGUGGGGGAUCGUGGUGCAGGCCGUGGCGGGCGUGGGUUUGGUCAGCUGCGUGGUGCUGAUGCUGGCUCUGCUGCUGUGGUCGGCGUGUGCAUCCCGCCGUCGGUCCGGUGCUCUGGCGGCGCUGCUGCUCUUCCUGCUGGCCACGGCGGGUAUAUUCGCCCUUCCCUACUCCUUCAUCAUCGCUCUGUCGCCGCAGACGUGUCCGGUGCGGGUGUUUGCGCUCGGCGUGCUGUUCAGCCUGGCGUUCGGUGCUCUGCUGGCGCGCGGUCUGGCUCUGCUCGGGGUGGCGCUGGCGCGCGGUUGGAGGGAGGUUGCUGUGGCCGCGGCGCUCGCACUGGUGCAGGUGAUCGUAGUGACGGAGUGGCUGCUGGUGGUGCUGGUGCAGGACAAGAGGACCUGCCAGUUUUCACAGCCAGAGUUUGCCAUGCUGCAGAUUUAUGUGAUGGUGCUGUUAGCCGCGGCGCUGAUGACGGCGCUGCACUUCCUCCGGUACACCUGCGUCACCUACAGCUACAGCGACAGCGGAAGCACGCAUCGGCAGAACAAACUGCAGGCAGCGUUGCUGGUCCUGACGCUGCUGCUGAGUGCCUGCGUGUGGCUCAUCUGGAUCACGCUCCUCACAUACGGGAACCAUGCCAUGGGCCGCAGCCCGCUCUGGGACGACCCCGUGAUCAGUGUGGCGCUGACCGCUAACGGCUGGGUGCUGCUGCUGGGACAUGGCUUCACUCAGGUCCGCUUCAUGUGCAAGAGCAACGCUCGUACCAAAGAUCCGCCGCUGGACUUCACGGGCUGGACAAGCCCCAGAACACAGCCAGCGGCUCCACCGGACCUGAAGACCGGCACCGACAACGAGGGCUUCCAGACGGACGCGGACGCGAGGAGAGGUGAAGAUGUGUCGUCGUCUGGAAUCUUCAUGAGAGAACUCAAUGCAGAGAAAGAUUACAGCAUCCCUCGACCCACGACCACCAACAUCAACGAGCCAUACGACGAAUACUAUGGACACAGAGUUUGA